UGAACGAAGUCAGUCGAGUGAAGGAGGCUUUGGAGAAAGAGCUUCGGAGUUUGGCUGUGCAGACAGCGGAAGAUGCCAGGCAUUUUAUGCAGCAACUGUCCCAGGAGAAGACAGAGACCCUGGCCUCCCUGGAGGACACCAGGAACACCAAUGCAAACUUGCAGAAUGAGAUCGAUUUCCUGAAUUCCGUGAUCGUGGACCUCCAAAGAAAGAAUCAGGACCUCAAGAUGAAAGUGGAGAUGAUAUCCGAGGUGGCUCUCGACGGGAACGGGGACGACUCAACAAUUACGACGACAACUUCGGCCCGGCCACCCCAUUCUCUGCACUGUGCAGCAAUCACCAGCACUUGAAGGAUGACAUAACCAGCUAUUUGUGAAACACCUAGAAUAACCAUUUUACUGUCUUUACAAGGGUUACAUUUUUCACUGUGGUUUUAGAUGAAUGUAUGAUGAGAAAUUCAACAUUACUAAUUUUGGAUUUUCUUACCACAAAAAGAUUGAAUGAAGGACCUCAACCAUCAGAAGUUUAUCAUCCAGUUUCAAUCUAUUUUUCUUUAUUUGAAUGUUUUCUAGUUCUGUCAAAAGUGAUAACGUACC